AUGCUGAUAUAAAUUAUUAUUAUUGGAUGUUUCAUUAAAAUGUAUAUUACCCUUUUAUUUUUUACAUAUUCAGAAGUUAAGUUAAGUUUUAUAAAAUCUAAUUUAUAAAUAAAUUAUAUUAGCUUCUAAAUUUGAUUUUAAAGUUAAUUCUAGUAAAGAUGUUAUAUUUUGUUGAGAAAUAAAUAAAUCUUUGACGGUAACAAAUUUCGUUUUUACUAUUAAAUUUAAAAAUACUAUAGAUAAAAAGAAGUUGAGGGAAAAAAAGAAUCAAAAAUCUUUUUAUGAAAUUGAGAGAUCAUCUUUUCAAGAACAUAAUUAAAAAACUCAAAGCAAUUUAGAUAAUUUAUAUCUUUUUUAAGUUCAAGAAUUCAGAGCUCAAAAUCGAUCACCUAAAGUAAUGAUUUAUUUUUAAUACAGAAUACGGCCUAUGAGGAUUCUAAAAAAAGGUGUAUUUCUAAAGUUGAAAGAAGCGAUUAUGAUAAUUGA